GCAGCGGAGGCGCAGCACACACAGCGCUUGUGCAACGCCAAAAGCGAUCCUGGCAGGCGGGCUCCCGCAAUUUGCAGCAGCAAUGGCUCCGUUGCUGCGAUGCCUGGUGAUCACCACCACUGUGCUCGCCUUGCAAGCGCCGCGCACCCUACGCCCCAAAACGCUGCGCCAAGCGACGCAGCUCGAGCAAUUAGCCGAGCAAACGGUCCUAUCGAUUGACACCGGCGACCUGAAUAUAAUUGAACAAUACGCGAAGGGCGGCCUGAUCUCCGACGCCACGACGAAUCCGUUGUUUGUGGCGCAGGCCGGGACAUCGGGCGACGCGAGGUACGUCGCUUUUGUGGAUAAGGCCAUCGCCUACGCGAAGGCGAACAGCGGCGGCGACGACGUCGUGUCGUUGGCGAUGGACCGCUUGGCCGUGGAGCUUGGUCUCGAGAUCGUGAAGCUCGUGCCUGGCUACGUGUCGACGGAGGUGGACAUCCGCGCGUCCUUCGACACCGAGGAGUCCGUCCGGCGCGCUCGAAGAAUUAUUGCGAUGUACGAAGCGGAGGGCGUCGACAGAAGUCGAGUACUGGUCAAGCUCGCGGGCACGUGGGAGGGCAUCGAGGCCGCGCGGAUUUUGGAGAGGGACGGCAUCACGUGCAACAUCACGCUCAUCUUCGGCUUCGCGCAGGGCGUGGCCGCGGCGCAGGCCGGCGCGCGGCUCAUCUCGCCCUUCCCCGGCCGCGUCAAGGACUGGCACGCGGCGAACGGCGGCGCGCCGACGUACGAGCCCGACGAGGAUCCGGGCGUCGUUGUAGUUAGGCGCAUCUACGAGUACUACAAGAAGCACGGGCACGGCACGAUCUGCAUGCCGGCGUCGUGGCGGCCGUCGCGCGGCACGUCGGACCCGUCUUAUGCUGUGGACGAGAUUUUAGCUUUAGCGGGCACGUACCUGUGUGGAAACCAAAUUUAUUUACGACGCAUUAGUCCUGAAUCGCCGCGUCGACUUCCACGUCAUCGGCGCGACACCUGCUCGAUGGCGUGGCAAUUUCGGUUCCUCACCGCUCGACGGAACCAGUACGAGCACCGACUCACUGGUUGAUUUACGCACAGGCACGGACCGGAUGACGAUUCCGCCGCCGCUACUUGAGCUCCUGGCGUCGUCUGACGAGCCGGUGCCGCGAAAGCUGGAGCCGGCCCGGGCGGCCGCGGCCUGCGCCGACGCCGAGCUCGUCUACGACGAGUCGAGCUUUCGGCUGGCCAUGAACGCGGACCUCGCGGCGACGACGAAGCUCGCCGAGGGCAUCAACGCGUUUAUUGGGGAGACGGCGAAGUUGCAAGCGGCGAUCGAAGCGAAAGUAUAA